AUGAACGUCUUUGACCGAAACAUCAACUUUGACGCCCUCUUCAAGUUCUCCCACAUCUCGGCCUCCACCCAGGAGCACCUGAAGAGGGUUUAUGCCAGCUUUGCUCUCUGCAUGUUCGUGGCAGCCAUGGGGGCCUACAUCAACGUGGUGACCCACCUCUUCCAGUUCAGCCUCCUGACUGGCCUGGGCGCCCUGGGACUGAUGGCCUGGCUGACGGCCACCCCGCACAGCCGGGAGACGGAGCAGAAGAGGCUGGGGAUGCUGGCCGGCUUCGCCUUCCUGACGGGCACCAACCUGGGGCCCCUCCUGGAAAUAUGCGUCUCCAUCAACCCCAGCAUUGUCCCCACCGCAUUCCUUGGCACCGCCACCAUCUUCGCCUGCUUCUCACUGAGCGCCCUCUACGCCCGGCGCCGCAGCUUCCUCUACCUGGGAGGUUUCCUGCUCUCUGGUCUCACCCUGAUGCUUCUCUCCUCUGUGGUUAAUGCCUUCGUGGGAUCCACUUGGCUCUUCACGGCCAAUCUCUACCUGGGGCUGAUGAUCAUGUGCGGCUUUGUGCUCUUCGACACGCAGCUCAUCAUCGAGAAGGCGGAGAGCGGGGACAAGGAUUACAUCUGGCACUGUGUCGAUCUCUUUGUCGACUUCGCCAACAUCUUCCGGAAGCUCCUGAUGAUCCUGGGCAUGACCGAGAACAAGAAGAAGGAGAAGAAGUGAAGUGGCUCCAGGCUGAAGUGGAGCUGUCCC